CGGGGCGACGGUGCGGAGAGGAGCGGUGCGCCUCGCCUCGCCUCGCAGCCUGGCCACGGCUCUCCCUCCCCCCCCCACCCCCUCACCUCACCGCCCAUCCCGGGCACCGUGCGGUGCGGACCAGUUUGGUGACAGGGCCACCAUGACAGCGGCGGCUUGCCAAGCCACUGACUGUAUACACAAGGGAGCUGUCGUGACGUUGACAAGUUAGUGAUGCCGCUCUGACCUCUUCCUGUGUCUCGAAACAGAAUGAAAGUUGUUUCCAACUAGGGUGUGUUUAAUGAAUCAAAACCAAGGGAGUGCUGGCAGUCACUGGAUUAUUUUUUAACUGUGAAAAGACUUUCCAUAAGGCAAAAUGCUCAUAAAGGAAUACCACAUCCCUCUUCCCAUGAGCGUCGAGGAGUAUCGUAUUGCACAACUGUACAUGAUUCAGAAAAAGAGCAGAGAUGAGACUUGUGGAGAAGGCAGUGGAGUGGAGAUCCUUGAGAACAGGCCCUAUAACGAUGGACCCGGGGGCUCUGGCCAGUACACUCGCAAAGUCUACCAUAUUGGCAUGCAUAUACCCAGCUGGUUCCGGUCUAUUUUACCUAAAGCUGCAUUGCGUGUGGAAGAGGAGUCAUGGAAUGCCUAUCCCUAUACCAGAACAAGGUAUACCUGUCCCUUUGUAGAGAAGUUCUCCAUUGACAUUGAAACAUAUUAUAAACCUGAUUCAGGAGAUCAGGCAAAUGUAUUUAAUCUCUCAUCUGCUGAGAAAAGGCAACGAAUGCUUGAUCCCAUUGACAUUGUCAAAGACCCUUUUCCUCCUAAUGAAUACAAAACAGAGGAGGAUCCUAAACUGUACAAGUCGAUCAAGACAGGAAGGGGCCCCCUAACAGACAAUUGGAUAGAAGAGUGCAAGAAGAAGCCUGGACAAAUGCCAAUCAUGUGUGCGUAUAAACUCUGCAAAGUGGAGUUUCGAUAUUGGGGAAUGCAAUCCAAAAUAGAACGCUUCAUUCAUGAUGUAGGCCUGAGGAAAGUGAUGCUACGAGCUCACCGACAAGCAUGGUGCUGGCAGGACGAGUGGUAUGGCCUUACCAUCGAGGACAUCCGGCAGCUGGAGCAUGAAACACAGCUCAUGCUGGCCCAGAAGAUGGCCCAGUUUGUGGCAGAGUUAAACGACAACGAAGCUGAACAGCCUGGCCUGACCCAAACCUCCAUUGAGAGAGAUCAGAACUCCAUCAGUGCCAAUCCCAGCAUCAACAUAGAAUCCAGCAGUACCAAUCUAAAUGAGUACACGGACUCAUUAACAGAACGAGCACUGACUAAACAAUGGUCCACAUCGUCCAAAUCAUCACAUUCAUCAAUAAGAGGAGCAAGCCCUUCGCGACACAAUAUUGCAGACUGGCGAAUGCAGAGUAUUGCUCGAGACUCUGAUGACAGCUCAGAUGAUGAAUUCUUCGAUGCACAAGAAGACUUUUCAGACAAUGAGGAAAACUUCCCUCAAGAAAUCACAAAAUGGAAUUCAAAUGAUCUUAUUGAUAAAAUAGAUGCCUGUGGUGAAGCUGAGGAGGGCCAGUGUGACUUGUACCAAGGCCAAUUGAGAGACUAUGCUCCGUCCACUGCAGAGCAGUUGAAUCCCAUUGAGGAUGAAGCAUCUUUGCACAUCGUACAGUCUUGCAAGAUUCACAUGCUUGUGCUCAUUCUGCAUGGUGGCAACAUCCUGGACCCUGGCAGUGGAGACCAGACGUCCAAACAGGCCGAUGUCAACACCAUCACCUCGGUCUUUGAGACGGUGAUGAGGGUGCACUUCCCUGCCGGCCUGGGCCACAUUGCCGUGAAGCUGGUUCCCUGCCCGGCCAUCUGCUCGGAAGCCUUUUCACUGGUGUCCAACCUCAACCCCAUAAGCUAUGACGAAAGCUGUUUAUCAAACAGCCAGGACCACAUUCCACUGGCGGCACUUCCUCUGUUGGCAACAGCGUCGCCCCAGUAUCAGGAUGCAGUGGCCACAGUUAUCUGCAGAGCAAAUCAGGUCUACAGCGAUUUCAUCAAAUCCCAGGAAGGAAUCUCCUUCAAUGGCCAGGUGUGUUUGAUUGGAGACUGUGUUGGGGGAAUCCUGGGCUUCGAUUCCCUGUGUUUCAGCAACCAGACCGUCUCUGAGAGCCAGAACAGUAGCCGGAGAGGCAGUGUGCUGUGCUUCCAGGACAAUGAUCUAUUAUCUCCUGGAAUUGUUGUGAACACCAGCACUGGUUCUAACCUGGAGGCCAGUCGGCAUCUGAGCAGAAGCAGCAGUGACAUUCCACGAAGCGGUGCGGAUAAUCCAAACAGGCAGCUGCCCCGAAAGAGGAGCGAUUCGUCCACAUAUGAACUCGAUACAAUUAAACAUCAUCAGGCGUUUCUCACCAGCUUGCAGUCGGGUGUUGUGCGGACUGAUUCUGGCUCCAGGCGAUCGAGUGGUUCCACCAUGCAGGAAGGAGUGAGCCCUGGAAGGUUUGAGUUUGAAGUGACCGACUUAUUUCUGUUUGGUUCCCCAUUGGGACUGGUGCUGGCGCUGAGGAAGACCGUUCUCCCCAACCUGGAUGUGUCGCAGCUGAGACCAGCGUGUCAGCAGGUGUACAACCUGUUCCACCCGGCCGACCCUUCGUCUUCUCGCUUGGAGCCGCUUCUGGAGAUGAAGUUCCACCUGUUGCCGCCGUUUAACGUUCCCCGCUAUCAGCGGUUCCCGCUGGGCGACGGCAGCUCGGCUCUUCUGGUUGAGACAAUCCAGAGCAAUCCCAUCCUCAUCCUGGAACCUCCAUUUGUGACUGUCCAACGACAGGAGAGUGUAAUGGAAACCAGUAUUCCUGUUCCUGUCCUUAACUGGCAAGAUGCUUCCAGUCGGAAUCCAACUGUUGCAGAGUCGGACAUUGUCCAGACUCACCCUGCUCUCUUCAUGGAAGGUUCGUCCCCUUCCUCUCCCUCCACAGCGCCUGUAUUCCGGGGCUUCCGCAGAGCUAGUGAGGCCAGCAUUGCCAGCCAAGUUUCAGGGAUGGCUGACAGCUACACGGCUUCCAACAUCGCCAACAAGAAAAAAUAUCAGUCAAUCCCUCACAAAAAGUUGGGUUUCUUGUCCAAACUUAUCCCCUACAACAAAGCCCUUCCAAAAUUCAUUUACCCUCAGCGCUAUAAACAGUCCAAAGCAAUGCUGUCACAGAACAAGCAAAGGCUGAGACAGAAUGUUGUGAAACCGAUUGGAGCAAAGCUGAGAGGGUACGAGACGGAUCACCACACAGUUGCGUCCAGGUGGUGGGGGACUAAGAGAGUUGACUACGCUCUCUACUGCCCAGACGCUCUGACAGCCUUCCCAACGGUAGCCCUGCCCCACCUCUUCCAUGCCAGCUACUGGGAGUCAAGCGAUGUGGUGUCCUUCCUGCUGCGACAGAUCAUGAGACAUGAAAAUGCAAGUGUUCUGGAACUGGACGGGAAGGAGGUUUCAGUGUUCAGUCCUUCAAAACCACGAGAGAAGUGGCUUCGCAAGAGGACGCAUGUUAAGAUAAGGAAUGUUACAGCAAACCAUCGAGUGAACGAUGUGAUCGUCACUGAGGACGGUCCUCAGACACUGAUGGGCAGAUUCAUGUAUGGGCCGCUCGAUAUGGUCACACUGACUGGCGAGAAGGUGGAUAUACACAUUAUGACUCAGCCUCCCACAGGAAAGUGGGUGUACUUUGACACCGACAUUACAAACAGCAGCGGCAGGAUUUCCUACGUUAUUCCAGAUGGCAAAAGACUGGGGAUCGGUGUCUAUCCAGUAAAAAUGGUCAUUAGAGGGGACCAUACGUCAGGGGACAGCUACAUCACGGUGCUUCCAAGGGGAACGGAGGGUGUCGUCUUCAGCAUUGAUGGAUCAUUCGCAGCCAGUGUUUCCAUUAUGGGGAGUGACCCCAAGGUGCGAGCUGGGGCAGUCGAUGUUGUACGACACUGGCAGGAUCUCGGCUACUUCAUCGUCUAUGUGACGGGACGUCCCGACAUGCAGAAGCAGAGAGUGGUGGCGUGGCUGGCCCAGCACAACUUCCCCCACGGAAUCGUGUCCUUCUGCGACGGGCUGGUACAUGACCCACUCCGGCACAAGGCCAACUUCCUGCGCAGCCUAGUGCACGACCAGGUGUCGAUGAAAGUUCAUGCAGCCUACGGCUCCACAAAGGAUAUCUCCGUGUACGCUUCCCUGGGCUUAUCACCGUCACAAAUCUUCAUUGUCGGCCGUUCAACCAAGAAGUACCAACAUCAGUGCCAGUUUUUGACAGAUGGAUAUGCAGCACAUUUAGCACAACUGGAGUAUACGCAACGAUCCCGUCCUGCUAAGAGCAGUUCCAGAAUGGUGCUGCGAAAGGGGAGCUUUGGUCUACCCUCACAGCCGGACUUCCUGAGGAAAAGGAACCACUUGCUGCGCACCAUCUCCAGCCAGCAAGCAGCAUCCACUUCCAACAAGCCUGAGCGGACCUACAGCCAGUCUGAAGCCGAGGGAGAGAUGAUGAAAUGACAGUUCCACUCAUUGGGGAAGCCUGGACUGUGUGUGAUACCAAUGUCACUUGUGCCCAACCCGACACAGCCUCUUAACCAGCGAGGACUAGGAUUACCAAGUUGCCACAAGUGAUGUGUGCUCACAGUGCACUCUUGUACUGGCAGGUGGGCAAAGCCAGGACACUGUGGACCACCUGCUGCACACACAGCCCUGGUACAAUCAGGUAAUCACUGCUCAUUCUCAAUCUCACUACCAAUAUAGCUAACGUUUAUACAAGAUUCUCUGAAUUAAUUCCAAAUCGUUAAACUUUACCCCUUGCUAUUUUAUUUAAAGACUCUGUUGUUAAUGCCAAAGGUGAUUCAGUAUUUGCUGGAAAACUGGAGUUAACCUUGCAGCAUUUAACACAGACUUUACCUCAGCUGGUUUUCAUACACUAAAGAAGCAGACUGUGGUUAGGCUCUGCACAGUACUGCUGCAGAAUGCAGGAGAUGAUAGUUUUGCCUGUUAGCUCCUGAAUGACAAUGACAUCCAAUCCCAAGCAGUUUACAGUGUUGCAAGCUUCCAACUCACCAAAGGGCCACAGGUAAAGACAGCCACACCUUGACACUGGAGCACCUGGUGGACAGGUAAACACAGCCACACAUUGACACUGGAGCAUCUGGUGGUCUUGUUGCUUUAAGGCAACACCACUUGCUGCAUUAAGUAUUACCUGCUGAAUCCUUCCAUUCUUUUCUGUGCAAAUUGCACAGAUAAAUUGAUAACUUUGACAGUCAUUUUUUUAUUCAGAAGUGUUUGUUAUAUUUUAUUUAUAGAAAUGUUACAUAUGGAAUUAUUAAAUAUUGCAAAUGCCAAAUGUGUACAAUUUGCUAGACUUGUUAAAUGAUGCACACCUCAAAUGAAUUCAAUGCUGUAUUAGAUUUACUAUACUGCCCCAGGUCUCCCUUCUUUAGUUUUAGUUCAGACUGUGUCGAGAGGUGUGAGACCUGUCCAUUGUAUGUAACACUCCAUGGUGGUACAGACUGCUGCCGCUGCCUGUUGUGUGUGUUAUUGUGCCUCGUGAGCUUUGUGCAUAAUUGUACGUUAUAUCAAUUAAACAAAAAUGGGAUGUUA